AUGAUUUUGAUGACAGUAAUCCAUUUACUUCUCCUUAUUGUGGCUUUAUCAUCAUCAAUAACUACAAGUUUCGAACAAUUUGGUCUCAAACUUUAUUCCACUGUUAGUCAAAAUAAGAAGAAUGAAAAUAUAUUUGUUUCACCAGCAAGUAUUUCUCUUGCGAUGUCAAUGUGCACAGUUGGUGCUCAACAAGAAAUAUUAAAUCAAAUGUUAAAAACAUCGAAUGGUAAAAUUUCUAAAGUAGCAUUAAUGCAUCAACGAGAGAAAUUUGCUUAUGCUGAAAAUAACGAUUUACAUGUACAAAUUGUGCAUGUACCAUAUAAAAGUGAAAAUGAAGAUGUUGAGUUUGUUUUUAUGGUGAUUUUACCUAGUCGAGGAGUUCAGUUAGAUGUUGUAGAACAAAAAUUAUUAAGUCAUCAAAGUACAAGAACAUAA